UGUAUUUUUCUGUGAUAGGAACGUUUGUCUUUCGCAUUACAAUUUUAUUGUAAAUGCUGGAUGACUGAAAUAGCAUCAGACAAGGACCAGUCUGAAUCUGAGUGAGGUAGAUUUAAACUAAGUCACACACUGGAGUCAACUUACUUGGGUCAACAUGAACACCUUUUCCCACACAUUUGAGCAGCGACCUGACCUCUAUAAUAAGGCCAGUCUACAAUAUGGUAUGUCUCCGCCUGGUGCACAUGGUGGUCAUCCUCAUACCAGCGCUGAGGUGUUCACGCGCACCGUGCCCUUCCUCUUCUUUCCGACAGGUGUAGACCCUGGAUUUUAUGAAAACUCAUACCGAAACACCUCCACUCUUAUCCCCUAUUUGCCCCCUUUUCACGGGCGAUUUGGCGUGUACGAGUGCCCGUUCGAACCUGCCUUCAUCCAGAAACGCAAUGAACGAGAGCGUCAGCGUGUCAAGUGCGUUAACCAGGGCUAUGCUAAGCUAAGGGACCAUCUACCUGGAAGCACCGGCGAGAAGCGCCUGAGCAAAGUGGAGACUCUUCGCGCCGCCAUCCGCUACAUCAAGUACCUGCAAGGUUUGGUGGAGGGGGAGAGACGAGAGGGAGCUCGGGAGAAAUUCAAUUCUCACCUCAAGGUCGACGUCUUAGGAGACAGCGAUGGAGGAUCAACGCGGUCGUUGUCUCUGCCUUCUUCUCCUGGACUCUACUGCGAGGAUACUGAGGGGUCGGGAAUGUAGCUAACUUAGGCCUAUCCCAGUUGAACAUUCACUUUUGUUUUGUGGAUUUAACUUAUUCUAGAAACUAGAUUUUAAGAAGGAGCUUCACAUUUGGAUGCUUUCUAGGCUAUUGAGACCUUUGGAAAAAAAACUCAUUCAGUAUUUAAUCCUGUACCAAUUACUUUUUCUGUGCUUCUCAUAGGCUAUAGUUAUCAAUGCCUCUGUCUAUUCUGUGAACA